AAGAAUGCGAAUGGAUCCAAACAGCGUUAUAAUCGUAAAAGAGAAACUUCAUAUUCAAAAAAUGAGAACUUUUCCAGUCAAUCCCGUCGCUCCAAUUCACAGAAAAGCAAAGCUUUUAACAAGAUGCCCCCCCAAAGGGGAGGUAGCGGCGGAAAUGGCAAACUUUUUAGCUCUUGUAAUGGUGGAAGACGAGAUGAGGUAGCAGAGGCUCAGCGGGCAGAGUUCAGCCCUGCCCAAUUCUCUGGUCCCAAGAAGAUUAAUCUGAACCACUUACUGAACUUCACUUUUGAACCCCGUGGCCAAGCAGGCCAUUUUGAUGGGAAUGGACAUGGCAACUGGGGGAAAAGGAACAAGUGGGGACAUAAGCCUUUCAACAAGGAGCUCUUCCUACAGGCCAACUGCCAGUUUGUUGUCUCUGAAGAACAGGACUACACAGUCCACUUUGCUGAUCCAGAUACCUUGGUCAACUGGGACUUUGUGGAGCAAGUGCGAAUUUGUAGCCAUGAAGUGCCCUCUUGCCCGAUAUGUCUGUACCCACCAACCGCAGCAAAGAUCACCCGCUGUGGGCAUAUCUUUUGUUGGGCAUGUAUCCUUCACUAUCUCUCCUUGAGUGAAAAGACCUGGAGUAAAUGUCCUAUUUGUUAUGGCUCUGUUCACAAGAAAGAUCUCAAGAGUGUUGUUGCUAUGGAAACACGUCAAUAUGCAAUUGGUGAUAUCAUUACGAUGCAACUUAUGAGAAGAGAGAAAGGUGUUCUGAUAGCACUGCCCAAAUCUCAAUGGAUGAAUGUGGUGCAGCCUGUUUACAUCGGAGAUGACCAGCACAGUCAGUAUUCAAAACUACUUCUGGCAUCCAGGGAGCAGGUCUUGCAGCUGGUGAUUCUGGAGGAGAAAGCGGCAUUACUAAAACAGUAUGAGGAAGAAAAACAUACCCCAGAGGCUUGCUUUAUUGAGGCAGCUAUCCAGGAACUGAAGGAGCGAGAAACAGCACUCUCUGCUGACCAGGAUAAAAACAAUGGCAUUGCUGGAAUCAGUGCAGCUGUGGAAGAACUGGUCCUAGAAAGCUCCAAGGCUGGGGAGCCUGCAGUUUCCCAAGAGAAAAAGUGUGGUGUGGAAUAUCUCUCUGCAUUUGAUGAGGAGCUUGUGGAGCCUUGCUCUGAUCUGGCAAGUUCCUUUUCGCCUCCUGUGGAAGCAGAAGAGGCAGUGCUGGAUGAAGAGGAAGUACCUGAGGUGGACACUGUAGGGGAACCUGAUAUGAACACUACAGAAGAACCAAAUCCAGCUGAAACAAGCUACCAAGAAUCUAAAGAUACAACUAGCAGUGGACAUCUUAGCAACUCUCCUUUUUACUAUUUCUAUCAAGCGGAGGAUGGACAGUGUAUGUAUCUUCACCCUGUGAAUGUUCGAUGUCUUGUUCGUGAAUACGGCAGCUUGGAGAAGAGUCCAGAGAAGAUAACUGCAGCUGUAGUGGAGAUAACUGGCUACUCAAUGACAGAGGAUAUAAGACAGCGUCAUCGCUACCUCUGUCACUUGCCCCUCACCUGUGAGUUCAGCAUUUGUGAACUGGCUCUGAAGCCACCCAUCAUCUCUAAGGAGACUUUAGACUUGUUUUCAGAUGACCUUGAAAAGAGGAAACGUCUACGGCAGAAGAAAGCUCGUGAUGAACGACGACGUGAACGCAGAAUUGAGAUAGAAGAAAACAAGAAACAGGGCAAAUAUCCAGAGGUCCAUAUUGCUUUAGAGAAUCUGCAGCAGUUCCCUGCUUUUACCUCUUGCCCCGGAGAAACUACCAGCAUUGAUCAUCAGAGCUUCUGUCUGUCUCCUCUUGGCAGAAGCCCUGUGUUUCAGACAGAGUCUAUUCCAACUCCACUGUCACCUGCUGCUAGCCAGGUCAGCCCGUUGCUCUGUGGGAGUUUAGAAGAAGAGUCUCCCUUCCCUUCCUUUGCCCAGAUGUUGAGAGUUGGAAAAGCAAAACCAGAAACAUGGCCCAAACCUGCUCCAAAGACAAGAGAUGAGAACACUCUGGCACUCCCUGUGCCAGUGGAUAGUGAUGGAGAAAGUGACAGCUCUGACCGCAUACCUGUGCCCAGCUUCCAGAAUUCCUUCAGCCAAGCUAUUGAGGCAGCUCUCCUGAAACUGGACAAACCGUCCACAGCUGAUCACUUAUCAGAGGAAAAGGGAGGCAAGAAAAGAAAGAAACAGAAGCAGAAGCUAUUGUUCAGCACCUCUGUUGUUCACACAAAGUGAUUCUGCUAUUCAAGAGAAGUUUCCUCUCCUGGUUUUCUUUUCAUUUUGCUUUGUUUUGCUGCUAUAGUUUAAAUAUUUAAAUUUGAACAGACUAAACUUGUGUUUCCAGGGCUUCUAGGGGGUUCAGGAGGAAACCAUGACAGUAUAUGUUGAAGUAAGAUCUUUUUGAUUCCAACUGCUUAAUCAGUUUAUACUGAAACAAAGUUUUGAAAGAAACAACCCAGAGACAAAUCAGCCAAGGCUUCUAGUCUGUGCCAAGUUGGUUCUUUUGGCCUAAUAAGCAGUAUGAAAGUCUUUACAGCUGCAUGGCACUGCCAGAAUACUGCAAUAUUACCUAAGUGAAGAGGCAGAGGGCCUUUAUUUCCCUAGAAGUAUUCAUGGGCAGAAGUCCAUCUGACUGUGACAGUAGUGCUGUUUCAGUAAAGCUGUCAAACUGCUCUCUUGAGAAACUGGUUUCCGCUGCACUGGAAAUGGGCAAAAGAGCUUCCUGGCUUUAGAGUGUUAGCUGCUAUAUCUGUUCUUUUUCUAAAGAGCAAGAAUUCCUCCUGUUCUCCUGUCUUGGAAAGAUUUAAAGCUGAGGUGAGUGUAAAGCAGAACUUGGCUACUUGGUUUUGAAGUGACUCUUGAUGAAUUUGUGUAUUUCAAAAUGCGUACUGGCACUAGUGGUAGAAGGAACCUCCUGGCUUCUUUCAGUUGUUCAACUCUGUUUUACUGUGGGUGAGUGAGGCUGCUAAUUUUAUUUUUUUUUCCCAACCAUGGGCUACGCAUUCUUUGUAACCUGAUCAUCUAGAAUAAACACUCCACCCUAGGGCUCUUGGUAACUACCUGAAUGAUGUUUUGACACUGGCUGCUCUUGAAUUGGAAGAACAACUGAUAGCUGGAGUCUGUAGAUAACUUUUAUCCCCCAGCAAAAAACUGGGGUCUCUUGUACUGGGAUAAGGGCCUGUAUCCGCUUGGUUCUGGGAUGUAAGUUGAUCUGCACUAAGCACCUCAGGCUAUAAACAUGCCUCUUCUGGACCCCUCCCCGCUCUUUCUUUGGGUGGUCACAUUCUGCACUGCUUGUGGUUUGAUUUGAGCAAAUGAAUUAAGUGGUGUGGAUUUUGUUGAAUAAAAUGAACUAUAGGUGUAAUGUACCAGU